AUGGGCAUCUUCAGCGUGUUCGUGGUGAACAAGGCGGGCGGGCUGGUCUACCAGCUGGAGCACUACGCCCCGCGCGCCGAGACCGAGAAGACCUUCAGCUUCCCGCUCGAGCUGGUCCUCCGCCCCCACGACGAGCGCCUCCUCGUCGCCUUCGGGCAGCGCGACGGCAUCCGCGUGGGGCAUGCGGUGCUAGCCAUCAAUGGGGCGGAAGUGAGCGGGCGCUUUACGGCCGAUGGGAAAGACGUCUUGGAGUACCUGGCCAACCCAGCCCACUACCCGGUCUCCAUCCGCUUCGGCCGCCCACGCCUCUCCUCCAACGAGAAGCUCAUGCUCGCCUCCAUGUUCCACUCGUUGUUUGCCAUCGGGUCCCAGCUCUCUCCGGAGCCCGGCAGCUCAGGCAUCGAGAUGCUGGAGACUGACACCUUCAAGCUCCACUGCUUUCAGACCCUAACAGGCCCAUUAUUUCCGUCGCUUUGCAUGAGCCGUGUCCCAACGCUCACCGUUGUCUCUUCAGGGAUCAAGUUUGUGGUGCUUGCUGACCCCAGGCAGUCGGGGAUCGAUGCCCUCCUGCGCAAGAUCUACGAGAUCUAUUCCGACUUUGCGCUGAAGAACCCUUUCUACUCCUUGGAGAUGCCAAUCAGGUGCGAACUCUUUGAUCAGAACCUGAAACUAGCCCUUGAAGUAGCAGAGAAAGCAGGACCCUUUGGACCAGGAUUAUAGCAUGCCUUUCUUUCUGGUGGGACUGAUGGACUUUCCUGGGAAUUUCCUGCCUUUAGGACAGAGGUCGCGGCCCAGUUUUGGAGAGCAAAACAGGGGCCUAACACCACCGUUGUAGGGUCGAUGGGCCUCAACUGCAGGAGAGAGCAGCUGACUGGCACCUUAGAAGGGGAAAAGGUGGUUGCACUACUUCUUAAAUGUGUACAUUAUAUAUGUAUAUUAUAUAUGUCUGUCUGUAAUAUUGUAUUGCUAAUUUAAGUCUGGAAUAUUAUGCCUCGUUUGUGUAAAUGAAGCAUUUUGCAAAGGA